GCUGUGAACUUGCAUAAUGAGGGAGCUAUCAGGCUGCAGGCUGGUCUUAAAACAGUCCUGAAGUGAGACGAGCUGCAGUCCCUCAGUCAGGAUGAUAACUUUAGUGAUCAGCAGCCUGUUGGCAGGACUCCUGGCCCUGCUCCUGUACCAGAGGCAGACCUACCCCUUCUUCUGGGUGGACCUGAUGUAUUACUUGAAGCUGCAGAGGUACAGAAAGUCCCUGCAGGCUCGUAUGCAGCAGGGGAUCAUCACAUACCUCGAUUGCUUCCUCUACCAGGCGAGGAAGAACCCGAACAAACCCUUCAUCAUCUUCGAGAACCAGACCCUGACCUACCGGGAAGUGGACCGGAGGAGUAACCGGUUCGCCUGCGCGUUCCGGACGGAGGGGUCCCUGAAACAAGGAGACAUUGUGGCUCUGUUGAUGUUCAACGAGCCGGACUUUAUCUGUGCAUGGCUCGGACUCUGUAAGCUGGGCUGUGAGGUCGCUUUCCUCAACGUCAACAUUAAAGCCCAGAUCCUGCUGCACUGCUUCAGGAGCUGCGGGGCCAGGACGCUGGUCGUGGGUUCAGAUCUGGUGGGUUUGUUGUCCGAGGUUAUGCCGGAGCUGAAGAAGGACAACAUGACUGUGUGGGUGGUGGAUCACUCUUCACCCUCCGAGGACUUCAAGAGUUUGCUGGAUAAGGUGGAAAACAUGUCUGCAGAAAACUUAAGUGACCUCCCUAAAGUCGACAUCAUGUCCAACUUUCUCUUCAUUUUUACCUCAGGAACCACAGGUCUCUCUAAGGCGGCCCGUGUAGGUCACCUGAAAGCCAUCAUGAGCAUGGCUUUCUUAGACAUGUGUGGAGCCACGUCUGAUGACAUCAUCUACGUCACUCUUCCUCUCUACCACAUGUCUGCGUCCCUGUUGGCCCUCGGAGGAUGCAUACACCUGGGAGCAACGUGUGUGCUAAAGAAGAAAUUUUCAGCCAGUCAGUUUUGGAAGGACUGCGUGAAGCACCGAGUGAGCGUGGUUCAGUACAUUGGAGAGCUGCUGCGAUACCUCAUCAACCAUCCAUCUGUUCCAGAAGAAAAGGCUCACUGCGUCCGUCUGGCGGCAGGAAGCGGGCUCAGGUCGGACGUCUGGAAAGAGUUUGUGAAACGUUUCGGUAAAAUAAAGAUUAGAGAGGGUUACGGACUGACGGAGGCCAGCAUCGGGUUCCUCAACUACACAGACGAGGUCGGAGCCAUCGGGAGGGCGAGCUACUUCAACAAGCUCUCGAUGCCCUUCGAGCUCCUGAAAUACGAUCCACAAACAUAUGAGGCGGUCCGGACGGACUCUGGGAGAUGUAUCAGAUCAAAAACAGGUGAGGCGGGGAUCCUGGUGGCUCCUCUCACCGUCAUGAACCAGUUUCUGGGCUACGCGGGGAAUAAAGUCCAGUCUGAGAAGAAGCUGCUCAGAGAUGUCUUUAAUGCUGGAGAUGUUUAUUUCAACACCGGAGACCUGCUGCUGCUCGACCACCGACACUUCCUGUUCUUCAGCGACCGCGUCGGAGACACGUUCAGGUGGAAAGGAGAAAACGUCUCCACCACGGAGGUGUCAGAGGUUUUAGGAGCUCUCGAUUUCAUCCAGGAGGCGAACGUCUACGGAGUCUCUGUUACAGGAUUUGAGGGUCGAGCAGGAAUGGCCGCCAUCGUCUUAAAACCAGACCACGAAUUAGACGGGACGAGGCUCUACAACCAUUUGGUCCAAACUCUUCCUGCGUACGCCUGGCCGUGGUUCCUCAGGAAACAAAGCGCUCUGGAUGUGACGGAGACGUUCAAGCAGCAGAAGGUGAAGCUGGUCCAGGAGGGUUUUAAUCCGGACGUCACUCAGGAUCCUCUCUUCUUCUUGAGCGUCUCUCGUCAGGAUUAUAUUCCCCUCACGGCGUCGCUCUACGACGACGUGAUUUCAGGACGGAUUAAGUUAUAAACAUUUAAACACAGGUUCUCUCAUAAACAUCCAUACAUGACCAGAGAAGCUGAAGGUGAAACAUUUAAAUGACCACAUUUUUCUAACCCAAUCCAUCUUUCUAACUCUUUAUAUUAAUGAUGAUUUAUCAGCAUUUAUACUCAAGUAUCAACUUUUAUACAGGAAUGAGAUUAAAACUAUUUAAUAUAAAUACUAAAACUAAAGUGAACUUAGCCACCGUGAACUGACAAACUGUUUAUAUGAACAUUUUAAAGCCUCAGGUUUUGCGUGUUGGCCGUCGCCUUCUUCCUUUCUGAAGCAGAGACCGACCGGAUCAGGACCAAAAGACAAAACACAUCACAACAUCUUUUAUAUCUCUAAAUCAAACCAGGAUUUAAAGCCUUAAAUCAAGAUGAUUGUACAAACUUUAGAUGCUAAAUUUAAGCACAAUUGCCUUAAACUAACCUCUGAUUUUUAGAAAAACAAUCAAUUUUAUUUAUUUUUUUAUGAUUUUAAGGGAUCAGGUUUUGCAGAGCAACUCAAGUAUAACACAAUACUAACAGGUCGCCUGUCAAAGGUAACCCUAUCCUUAAUCCUACCCUGCUUUACUCUAUUUUAUUAUUUUGGUUUAGUUAAUUAAUUUAUUUUACUUUUGUUUAUUUUUACUAUUGUUUUAUUUUUUCCUGCUUUGCUUUAUUUUGCAUUAUUUCAUUUUUCAGUUUAGUUUAUUUUUAGGUUUAUUAUUUUGUUUAGUUCAGUUAAUUAUUUUAUUCUGUUUUAUUUUUUAGUUUAUUCUAGUUUAUAAUUUCACUUUGUUUCAUUUUUUAGUUAGUUUAGAUUAUUAUUUAUUUAUUUUAUUUGAUUGCAUUAUUUUUAUUUUAUUGCAUUAUUUCAUUUCAUUUCACAUAAUUUGAUUUGAUUUCACUUUACUUCAGUAGGAUCUUCAUUAGCUGUCACAUGUCAGCAUCUCUUCUUCCUGAGAUCCUUCACAGCUCUACAGUAGUGACACUUUCUGCAUUUUAACUCUAAAUAUAACUUUUAACAUUAUAAUACAUGUAACAGCCGUUUUUACAAAACAUGACAUCACAAAAAAAAGGAAUACUUCCUGCUCUCUGUGACUGUAAAUGGACCAUCAUUCACUAAAUGAACACCACGCUGUGCUGAAGAAGAAACUACAGAUUAAGACCAGAAACUCAUUAGUGUUUACUGAGGGAACAAAUCAGCUGAGGAGGAGGAGGAGGAUUUUCAGACGCCCCCUGCUGGACAUCAGGGAGAAUGCAGGUUACAACACCUGAAAUCAGCCUGUGUUUUAAACCCCUCACCUUCAAUCAGGCAGGUCGAUGAAUGCUUCAUUUCACUCCUGAAAUCUCUCUUAGGAACACUUCAGCUCAGUAAACACAGGUAGUCUUAACAUUAGACGUAAGAACUCAUCAUUAAACCCUGGGGUAAACUCACUGUUUACUGCAGCUCACAAAAAAUCACUUGAGAGAACAAAUAAAGAACAAAGAACAGGUGGACCACACAAUAUAAACUGACCAAAUAAAUAAUAAUAAACCUAAAAUUAUUUAAAACUAUGAACACCAAGACUCACCAUGCACACUGAAUUACUGCAGGAAAAUCAGGGUGAGUGAUUCUAUAAUACCAAUGUUUACUGUGCAUCGAGCAGGUGCAGAUAAUAGUUUAGUGACCACCGCACAGUGACAUGUGGUUAUGUAGAGUUUUUAAUAAACUUGUGAUUAUUUUCUCUCAGUUUUCAUCAGAUUUGAAUAAUUUCCUGACAUUUCAAACUCCAGCCUUUGUGUUGAAAGAACAGUAAAUUAUACUGAAGACUAUAAACACUGUAAACAUUCCCUUUUACAAAGUUCAUGUUUUUGUAUUUAUGUUUACUCAGCUUGUUUUGGGCAAAUUGUAGAUUAAUUGUAGAUCUGUGCCUUAAAGGAAUAAAAAAAAUUGUUAUUCUCACAA